GCCGUUUUUUUUCAUAUUAUUCACCAAUCACCAAUUCACCAUAUUCACCACAAUAUUCUCUUUCCAUUUGCAUCUUCUGUGGUGAGCUUGAAGGACAACUACUCUGCUUUAAGAGCUUCAGAAAUCAGAAGAAUCCGCUCUUCUUCUCGUCCGCCGGAUUUAUAACUCAUGUUGCACAUUCAAUCAAAUAAUUUCGUAAGGUAUCGAUUCCUUUGCAUUUCUUUAUUCUGGGAGAGGCGAUGGCGGUUGAAAAGUGUUGCAAAUCGUGGAAUUUCAUGUGUACCUCCUUGUUUGAACAGACAUGAUCCUCCUGCUCCAAGUCUUAGAUCUGGGAUGAUAUCAUCUGAACUUGUAGAAAACAUAACAAGCAAUGAAGUUAAAGAGGAAUACUCACGGGACUUGUCUCUUCCACGCUCUUAUGAGGCUGCCAUGGAAGCACUUUCUUCCCUCAUUUCAGGUCGAAAACGGGGGAAAAAGAAUGUUGUUUUGGGCAAAUACAGUAAGCUGGAGCGCAUGAUGAUGUAUGUGAAGAUAUUAGGCUUAGAGGAAAAUAUAGCUGGACUUAACAUUAUCCAUGUUGCUGGAACUAAGGGGAAGGGGUCAACAUGUGCUUUCUCUGAGGCAAUCUUACGUGAGUGUGGUUUCCGAACUGGCCUUUUCACAUCACCUCAUUUAAUUGAUGUGAGAGAGAGAUUUCGACUGGAUGGGACGGACAUUUCUCAAGAGAAGUUUCUGCAAUACUUUUGGGAGUGCUGGGACCAGUUAAGGGAUAAAGUAACCAAUGAUUUGCCUAUGCCUCCCCUAUUUCAGUUUCUCACACUUCUGGCAUUCAAGAUAUUCACAGAUGAGAAAGUUGAUGUUGGAAUUUUUGAAGUUGGUCUUGGAGGGGAGAAGGAUUCCACAAAUGUGAUUAAAGAACCUGUUGUUUGCGGAAUCUCUUCAUUGGGGAUGGACCACAUGGACUCUUUAGGAGAUACUUUAGGAAAGAUUGCUUCACACAAGGCCGGUAUAUUAAAGCCCAAUGUACCAGCAUUUACAGUUCCUCAGCUUCCUGAAGCAAUGAAUGUUAUCAAUGAAAGGGCUCGGCAAUUGAGGAUUCCAUUGGAAGUUGUGAAACCUCUUGGCUCUCAGAAUAUAAAUGGAUUACAGCUCAGUUUGGCUGGCGAUCAUCAACUCGUGAAUGCAAGUCUUGCUGUUUCUCUCUGUAAAUCCUGGCUUCGACGUACAGGAAACUCGGGAGAGCUGCUAUCUAAUGAAUGUCAUGAAGCUGAUAUGCCAGACGCAUUCCUAAGAGGUCUUUCAUCUGCACAUCUUCCAGGGAGGGCUCAGAUUGUUUAUGAUGGCAUAUCCAAGUCCUCUAAUACAACUACAGGAGAUCUUGUAUAUUAUUUGGAUGGAGCGCACAGUCCUGAAAGCAUGGAUGCCUGUGCUAGAUGGUUCUCCAAGACUGUGAAUGGCUGCUAUAAGUCAACAUCACUAAAAUCAGCUUCUGGGGAUGGGCUUGGAGAGGCAUUCAGCAAAAACAGUUUCAGCAAUUGUGAAAUGGGAAAUAGCGACAAAGUUCCCAAGCAGAUUCUUUUGUUCAAUUGCAUGGAAGUGAGAAAUCCACAAAUCCUUCUUCCAAAGCUUGUCAGGACAUGUGCUUCCUCAGGUGUUCAUUUCUCUGGAGCUUUAUUUGUUCCAAGCAUAUCAACAUACAAUAAAGUUGUUUCUGGUUCUUCAGUCACUAGUUUGAACAUGCCUUCGCGCGACUUGUCUUGGCAAUUUAAUCUGCAGAGAAUAUGGGAGAAGACGAUCAAUGGGAAAGAAUUUGAUAGAAAUAGCAUGAUGGAGUGCAUGAAGAAUGCAAGCAGUGAUGGUGAAUAUUAUCAUAAUAUUUCGGGUGAUUCCUUCCGUAGCAGUGUGGUUGUUCCAUCAUUGUCAUUAGCUAUAAAAUGGUUGAGGGAUUGUGCAAGGGAAAACCCUUCUAUCAGAUUUCAGGUUCUCGUGACAGGAUCAUUGCAUCUAGUAGGAGAUGUACUGAAGCUGCUAAGGAGAUAAGUUCAUGUUGUACCCUCUUAAAAGCACUGGUUUUAGCAUAACAGAGUUUCUCCAGCGCUCCAUGUCAAAACUACUUGCAUUUUCACAGCCCAGAGGUAUUCAUUGUUUAUCUAAUAAAGCUUUUGUAUUACUUGAAUGUGUUUGCACUUUGCAGUGCCAUACUUAGGUACCAUGUCAUCUACUUCGUGUUCGGCACGACAUGUAAAAGGAUGUGUUGGGUGUGCAUACUAUCAUGAAUUCAUGACAUUGUUUCUCCCUAUAUUUUAUGUACAUAGACACACACACACAUACCAGCUGUGUAACAUAUAUAUGCAAGCUUUGUUAGGGAAUUUUACAGCUUAUUUCAGAUAUGUGACAUUAGAAAAUUUGAGGUUUAUAUAAAGAGAUGGACUUGGCUUACCUCUGUCAAACAAUUCUAGCACUGUAACUUGAAAUAGGUGCCUCUUCAGCAAGGAAUAGUUGUCUCAUCCAAGUAUAAAUCUUCUCAUUAUUUUACAUACCAUAAUAUCUUUUGUGUACAUUUUGUUCAAUAAAAAAAAAUGAGAGGAUGAACUAGAUGAAGGAAGUUUGUUGUUCCUGUUACGUUUCUUAUUGGGAGUUUUACAAUGUGAUCUAGAUAACCCAUUAUUCGCAACUUAAGUGUGACACUUUUACUUCUGCUUAAAAUUGGCCAAUCAACAUGGACGAAACCAAGAAAUAACCCCUCACAUGCGAAAUUAUAGAAGAUCCCUUUUAAGAUGGGUUUUCUUGUCCAAAACCCCCUUAACUCUGGGCACUUUGCGAGAAACUACCUUAAAUACACAGAAUUGUUCAAAACUACCUGAAUUGUACAAAACCGCUGUUGACCACUACCUUACCUCCGUUGACUGUGGUUUUCAGCCCCGAAAAACCACGUGCCGAGCACGUGUGGCAGUUUUCCACCAAAAAAAGCCCAUCCCAGCCCUGGCCGCCACAACCACCCUACCCCCACCCCUUUUCCAACCUAACUAACCACCCCCACCCCUGUUCGACCCUCCCCCAGCCACCUCGACACCAAUUCGACCACCCCUGGAGACAUAUAUAGUGGAGGAGCUGAAUGUCACUACAUAUGUCUAUGUCUCCUCCACAUUCAGCUCCUUUUUACAUAUGUCUUUGUCUCCACAUUCAGCUCCUCCACUACAUAUGUCUCUGUCUCCUCCAUAUUGGGCCCGCUCAACUUGUUCAUGUUCAUGCCUUGCUUUCAUUCUCUUUCUUUUUAAUUUUCUACUAUGACGAGCACUACAACGACUUAUUUCCUGCAUUCAAACAACAAUAUUCAAUCACGUCAAACGACUAUAGAGUAACAACAUUCCAUAAAUCAUAUACAACAAAGAUUACACUUCCUCAACAUCUUCCGCUGAAGGCAUGACAUCCCGAGCCUCCAAAGGAUGUCUUCCGCCAUAAGCGACAUCAAUAGUCUAAUUAAUUUUUUUUGAAUUUAAAUUAUAAUUCUAAACGCAUGGAUAAGCUAAUAGGCAAUACAGAUGCAAAAUAUACACACCCAAAGCUUGUCGUAAUCUCCAGAUGCCACCAAAUCUUCCUUCUUCACCUUGUUCACAUCUACCGUACUCCAUGCCCAUAUCCUUGAAAAAGCGCCCCACUUCAAUGGUGGUCGGCGCAAUCAAUCAAGAUAUAGAAUAUGCAAUUAUUGCAUACAAAUUACUAAACCAAAAACAAUUAACUACAAAAUCAUAAAUACUAACAAAAACUAAACAUUGGCUUACCGCUAAGAACAUAGUGCACCCACCACACCCCUUAGCAAAUCCAUCAUGGUAGAACCUUUUUGCAAAUCCACCAAUCGCAUUCAUUAGACGAUCCAGCAACAAACUACACCAAUUAUACUCAUGAGCUCUCUCUGCUAUAACUACAUCAUACAACAAAUUCACACACACUCUCUGACAUGUCGUAGGACAUAUAAGAUCAUUUAAUGCCAUCAUAAAAAAAAACCUUCUUAAACUCUGCAUCUGAAGAUAUUUCACCUUCAACAACUUGCUUAAUUACACUAGCAUUAAUCCCCCUAACACCAGAACGACUUGUAUACCCAUAUAAAUCAAACAACCUCAUGACCUCAUCACCACCCUCAUCAGCAUCCUCACCAUAUAAUGGUACAGUCUUCGGCCCCGCCGGAAUACCCAACACCCAAUAAACCUAUGUCUUACUAAAAGAGAAUUCUAGCCUAUCAGGAGUCAGCAACACCCUAUUCUUAACAUCCACUCUUGUACACAGCCAAUAACAAAAGGUCCUAGGCAAACUUUUACCUUCGAGAAACAAAAGAUCACCAAGAUCCAUUUCCGUCACUAGCUUACGCUUCCUCUCAUCAAAUCCCUUCACAACCUUCCCAAAUGUCUCUACUCUACAAUUCAUAUUACUCUCCUACAUCAAAAUAAACACUAUAUUAGCAUUUUACAUUUCAAAAACCAAUUAUAAAACAAAACACAAUCUAAUCAUCAUAUAACAUUACUCUUUUAUUAUUCAU